GAUAGAACACGUAAACUAGGAAGUGGAACGCAAGACACUACGUCCCCCUACAUUGAAUGACAAUGAUCAGCGAAAUACAGAAGCUUGGUGCUGGUUUGGUUGGAUUUGGCGUUUUCUUUCUAAUAUUUGGCAUUUUACUCUAUUUUGACAGUGUUCUGUUAGCUUUUGGAAAUAUUUUGUUCCUCUCAGGCCUUGCCCUCAUUAUAGGCCUCAGACGGACUUUCAGUUUCUUCUUCCAGCGACACAAACUGAGGGGCAGCUCCUUCUUCUUAGGAGGAGCGCUGCUGGUCCUUUUCCGAUGGCCACUGAUAGGAAUGCUGUGUGAAUUCUAUGGCUUCAUCAGUCUUUUCAGAGGAUUCUUCCCAUUAGUAUUUGGAUUCCUGGGAUCUCUAGGCAAUAUUCCUUUACUCACCAAGCUUUUUCAGAGCCUGGCAGGAGGUGAUACGACCAUGGUAUAACCCUACUAAGACAAGCCCAAAUCCACACUCAAGUUCAAGCUUACAACCUGCUGUCUUUUGUUAAUGCAGUAUAAACCUUUGUGUAAGCAGGACUACCUGCAUCUACAUGUCUAGAAUUCUACCAUCACACU